UUUUAUCUGUUGUUAUAAUUUUCCCAAUUUGUACGGAACCUCUCCAAAAGGGAAAGUGAACAUAGAAAAGGAGGCUUAGAAAAUUAGGGUUUUUUCGGGAGAAGAAGAAGAAAGGAGCAAAACAAUGGAAGGAAUCACAGAGGGAGUAAAGAACAUAAGUGUAACUGAGACCCACAAGAAGAACAGAAUCCAAGUCUCUAACACCAAAAAAUCCCUCUUUUUCUAUGUUAACCUCUCCAAGAGGUACAUGCAGCAGUACAAUGAAGUGGAACUCUCUGCUCUUGGGAUGGCUAUUUCAACAGUGGUUACCGUUGCUGAAAUUCUCAAGAACAAUGGAUUUGCUGUUGAGAAGAAGAUCAAGACACUCACUAUUGACAUGAGGGAUGAACCAGGAGCCCGACCGAUACCAAAAGCAAAGAUUGAAAUAGUGCUCGGAAAGACAGAGAAGUUUGAUGAGUUAAUGGCUGCAGAAGCAGAGCAAAAUGGGGACAAUGAGGAGCAGAACUAAUUAUUACAACAUCUGCUCGCUUUCCUGAUGAUUAAAACCAAGCUACUACAUUCAGGGAUUGAGAAGAGAUAAGGAAACUGUUAUUGGGAUCUAUGGUGUUUGAUUUGAUCUGUUGACUAUGACUUUCUUAAUCUGUUGAAAAGAAAAGGAUGGUUUAAUAUAAAUUCAUUUAUUUUGUUUGA